CGUGGGAGGAGGCAAGCGCUCCUGAUUUCCAAAGCGAUCGACAUGACGGGAAGAGCCCCAACGAGGCGGUUCGUGCUGUUUGGGCUCCUGGUGAUUAUGGCAGCGCUUGUUUUCCUGGCUACUACCCGGCCGACGCGAGAGGACACAGCUGAGGGCGUUGGAUAUCGGCAAAUCAUGCAAAUGAAAAACACCGAAACAGAACCUGGUGAAAACAGUUUAAUGCCAACGACGUCCAAUGAGGGAAAAUAUGUGGUUCAGUGGGCCGCAAACAGCACGACCUGGCAGCUUUGGAAGGACAGUCCGACUGCCGCUUGCUCUCAGUUCCGAACCAGGUUCGCCCAGGGCUUGCCGAGAACAUACCUGGUCUCCUUCCCCGGCUCCGGCAACACCUGGGUCAGGUAUCUGCUGGAGGCUGCGUCUGGCAUCUUCACUGGCUCGGAGUACACGGAUCGAGAGAUUCAAAAAGCAGGCUACCUCGGAGAAGCCGACAAACCCGACAGCGGCCGAACGCUCGUCCAGAAGAGCCACGGCACUGCGCUCAUGACGGCCAAGAACACGAUGAAAGCCCGAUAUGAAGUGAUAAGCGCUGACCUGCCGUCCGUCCUUAUCAUCCGGAAUCCGGCGAAAGCUAUUUUAUCGUACUGGAAAUAUGCUAAGCUCACAGGCAACGGCAGGCAUACAAAGCAGCUGUCUGAGAAAAGCUUCCAGACCAAAGAAUUCCACAAUUUCGCUGAGAAAAUGAUAACGUUGUGGGAACAGCUGAUCACCGAUCGCCUGCUGUGGAGUACUGCCCCCGUCCACGUCGUGUACUACGAGCAGCUGGUCCAGGAUCCCACUUUCUAUGUCAAGGGAAUGCUCGAGUUCCUCAGAGUUCCCGCGGACGAGGCCCGACUGCAGUGCCUCAGUGACCACCUGCAAGGGUCAUUCAAGCGGCCUGACAAGAAGAAAAUUGACCCUUACACCGCGGACGAAAAAGCAUCCAUGUCCUAUGCUGUGUGGAGAGUAAAGAGUUUGCUGAGUAUGCUGGGCUAUGCUGAGAUGCCGCUGUACAGGGAGCUCUCGUAAUGCACGCAUAGCCACAUGCCACAUGCACAGGGUUAGGGAUGCAAGUACCGUCUAACACAUUGACUUGGACAGACAGACAGACAGACACGCAUUCACGCACGCCCCCCCCCCCCCAACCCCACACACACAUAGACACACGCACAAACAAACACACAACAACCGGAAGCUAAAGACUGACAAGAUGAUUAUACUGAUCGUGAUAAAAUUAAUGUUAAUACACAGCUUUUUUAUAGUGCAAUAUAACCGAGUCGUUAUACUAAAACUUAUUAGUAUAUGCUGACCUGCUUUUUCAUAUUUUUUACUGAAUAAGAUAAACAUAUGAAUCGAUAAAUAUGUAAACGACGAAGAGGAAGAGUGAACAAAUAAAAAUGAUUUGCUCAUAA